AUGGUGGUGGAGGCAAGCUGGACAGCCCUAGCAAGGCUAAGGCAGCUUGCUGGAAUGGCGAAACAAGCGAGACGGCAUCGGAGUUGCGCGGCGAGGCAGAGGCAUGCAUGGGCGAGCGUGGGGCGGCAAGCGGCAACAGCGGCAUGCGGUGGGGACGGGGUGGCUCGAAUGGGCUUCGGCUGGUCUUCUAGCUUGCUAGGUGCGUCCGAACAAGACAAUAAGAAAGGAGGAGGGGCGGUUGACCAACAGCCCAAAAAGCUGGAGGCGGCAGUGGAGGUCCAUCAGAAAGCACUGGACGAUCUGGUGAACGUGAACUCGCUCUUCACCGCCGCGGUCUUCGUGGGCCUGGCGUUCGCGAACGCUGGACAACAGAACAUAGAGGGCAACAAGCAGUGUGAAGCUGGAGUUCGGGUGGCAAGGAGGCUGGUCAAGAACGAAGUGAUAUCGUUCGCGUGCUAUCUCUUUUCCAGCCUCGUGGCCAAAUCCCUCAAGACCCACCUCUUCACCUACCUCAUCUCCCCACACACUUACCAACAAAUCAAUGACACGUCGAGCAAGGUGCUGAGAGGAUCCAUGUUCGCUCUCUCCACGUCGACCUCCGUCAUUGGCGGCGUGUUGCUCUUGUACUCCAUGGUCGACAUGAUUCAGCUCCGGCUCGGCACGAUCGCUUGCAAAGGUACCGAGACAUUAAAUGCUGUCGGUGCCCUGUUGGCGGUCAACAUAUUCGCGUGGGUUAUCUAUGUACCAUUUGUCUCCCAUGCCAUCUAUAAAUCCACGAAGAUCUUCAAUAAGGUAGGAAAACCAGCCAGAAGAUUGUGCGACAAAAUCGGCUGCUAA